AUGUAUAUCUUGGAACGAAAAAUUAAGAUAAUAGUACUUAUUAAAAUUGUUAUGUUUAUCCUUUUAACAAGGAUUUGUCAUAUUAAGAGUGAUGUAAGUACGCAUAACAAAUCUUUGGAUAAUUUAUACAAUCAUAGUAAAAAAUUAUACUCAAGAAAUUAUCGUUCACUGGCAAAAUAUAAGCAGGAUAAGGAUUUGUGUAUGGUAUAUUUAAUGGAACAGACACCAAAUGGAAUGAAUGAUAAACAAGAUAUAUCUAAUAAUGAAAAAGCUUCCUUAGGGAAAAAGAAUCACUCAAAUGGAAGUUCACCAAGGAGUGCAAGAGGACUUAAAAAAAAUAAGAAAAAUAAAUCUUGUAUAUUUGAAACCAAAAAAUAUUCCUAUUUGGAAAAAAAAAUAUUUAAAGAACUUGAUUAUGAAGAUUUUCUUAAAAAAAACCGGACAAUUAGUGAUAAACUUUACAAAAAUAUAAUACGUAAAAAAGUCGUUUUACGAAUCGUUUUUCCUUUAUUAUUGUUAUUCUUAUUAUGUAUAGCACCAAUAGUAGAUUUGAAUAUGAAAAGGGGACUUUUAUAUGAAAUAUUUGGAUCAAAGGUAUGGCGCAAUGAUGGCACAUGGUACAGAAGUUUACAUAAAAUAUUAUGGGAAUCCCCUUUUCGACGUUUGUUCCAGUCUGAUCUUAUUAGGUGCACUACUAAUACAAGUACAGGAUACUAUAUAGUUGUAGAAGGUUUUUUUAGUUUUAUAAUUUACUUCUUACCUUUCAUUAUAUUAGGUGUCACAAUUAUAUCAGGGAUUGUUUAUUAUCACAAAAAAGUUAAAAAAUUUGAAAAAAUUAAGUACAGGAAAAGAUAG